CGUUCUGUGCGUGCUGCAGAGCGCAAUGUGAAUUAGUCAGCAGCGCUAUAUUUUCGCUCGAUUCUGUGGCACCAGCUGGAUUAUCUGGAAUAUCUGGAUCUGAAUCUGCAUCUGCAUCUGCAUCUGAACCUGUAUCUGCCGCGAUGUCGGGCCCUCAGGACUACGAUCGCAAGUACCUGCGUAGCAUGCCGGGCCUGUGCAAAAUGGCCUGUUUGCUGUGCAGCUUCAUUGGAUUCCUGUGCAUCGUCUGCGGACCGGUGCGCGUGAGCAAUUUCCGUGGCAGCUUCUAUCUGGCCGUGGCAUCCAUAGGUUUCGUGACCACCGCGGCCCUGCUCCUGGCGAGGUACCUCCGCAUGUGGCAGCGCCAGUUCAGCCGGUGCGAUCCCACGCUCUGGUCCCUCGCCGUCCACUCCUCCCUGGCCCUGGCCUACUUCGCGGCCUCGGGACUCGUCCUGUCCCUGGACAUCGGGGCCUACACGGCGGCGGCGUUCUUCGGCCUGACAGCAUUUAGCAUCAACGGAUUGGAGGCCUAUGGAAACUACAGGCGCAGUCGCCAAAGGGAGGUGGCCACCCAGACGAUAUAGACUUGGAUUCAGGUGCACAAGCCCAGCUUUUUUUUUUUUGUGAAUUCUGCUACGUUUAGCUGACUACUCGACUGUGGUGUGAGUGUGUGUAUCUGUGAGUGAGAGCGGGAGUAUCUGUGUGAGCACGAGUGAAUUUGUGUGCGUGAGAGCGAGUAUCGUUUGCAUUAAACUUCAAACACUAAACAUUACUUUAAAGACUGCUGGUUAAGAGCUAAAGGCGGAAAAUGUGCAAAGCUUUUGUCGGUUGGAUGUGUUAUCUAAUAGUCGCUAGAUAUAGGUCAAAAAGUGAAGAAGAUAAAGUCAGUCGAUCGAGAACAAACACACAUACAAACAGAGAGAAGUACCAGAGAGAAGCCUCUAAAAAGAGAGCAAACGCCAAAGAGAUUUUGAUUGUGCUUUUUCCUCUUCCCCAGAUAACUGGUUAACAAAGCGUGAAUAUAUGUAUUUAUAUAUGUAUACAUAUCUGUACACAUUUUGUUUGUACCUUAGUUAUGUAAUAUUUGUGUGUCACAAGUAAACAUAUAUUAAUAGUUAGCUUGUAAACAAACCUGCAGCACAUUGCUUUUGUGAAACAAUUUUAUAACCUCUGAAUUGUUAUGUUUAUAAUUAUACAUUACUAUUUGAAAAGCCAAUAAAUGGAAGAUAUAUAGAUGUGAA